AUGUCUACUGCUAAAGAAGAGGAUGUCUGUAGUCAUGUGAAAGUGGUGGUCCGCGUCCGUCCAGAAUCCCAAAAGGAAAAAGAUGGCAACUUUAGCAAAGUGGUUCAUGUUGUGGACCAGCAUAUAUUGGUCUUUGAUCCAAAGGAGGAAGAAGUUAGCUUCUUUCAUGGGAAGAGGUUAGCCCAUAGGGAUAUCAAUAAAAGAAAAAAGAAAGAUCUGAAGUUUGCGUUUGAUGCAGUUUUUGCUGAAAGUUCAUCCCAGUUAGAAGUUUUUGAACAUACUACCAAAACUGUACUUGAUGGCUUCUUAAAUGGAUAUAAUUGCACAGUGCUUGCGUAUGGUGCAACAGGAGCUGGAAAGACUCAUACAAUGCUAGGCUCCCCUCAAGAUCCUGGAGUGAUGUAUUUAACUAUGAUGGCACUUUAUAAUUGUAUGGAUCAAAUAAAAGAAGAUAAAAUAUGCAAUGUUGCUGUUUCUUAUUUAGAGGUCUACAAUGAACAGAUUCGUGAUCUGCUGGUAAACUCAGGACCUUUGGCUGUUCGUGAAGAUGCCCAGAAAGGGGUGGUCGUUCAAGGGCUAACAUUGCACCAGCCUAAAUCUGCAGAGGAAAUCCUCCAAAUGUUGGAUUAUGGAAAUAAAAAUCGAACACAACAUCCCACAGAUAUAAAUGCCUCCUCUUCUCGAUCCCAUGCCGUCUUUCAGAUUUAUUUGAGACAGCAAGAUAAAACAGCUAGUAUUAAUCAAAAUGUUCGCAUUGCCAAAAUGUCUCUUAUUGACCUGGCAGGAUCUGAACGUGCCAGUGCUACAAAUGCCAAGGGGGCUCGUUUUAGAGAAGGAACAAAUAUUAACCGCUCCCUGCUAGCUCUUGGAAAUGUCAUCAAUGCUUUGGCAGAUCCAAAGAGCAAGAAACAGCAUAUUCCCUAUCGAAACAGCAAGCUUACUCGUUUACUGAAAGAUUCUCUUGGAGGAAAUUGCCGAACGAUAAUGAUAGCUGCUGUUAGUCCAUCUUCCAUGUUCUAUGAUGAUACAUACAAUACUCUUAAGUAUGCAAAUCGAGCAAAGGAUAUUAAGUCUUCUUUGAAGAGCAAUGUUGUUAGUUUGGACAGCCAUAUAAGCCAGUAUGUUAAAAUCUGCAAUGAACAGAAGAAAGAGAUCGUAAUGUUGAAGGAGAAACUGAGAGAAUAUGAAGAAAAAGCAGCCGUUCCUGAAAAUCCUAGUAUAGCAGUACAUUCAAACUACCAAGAGGAAAUACAAAGAUACCAAGAAAUUCUUAAAAAUGUGUUCACAAAUCGUGAAGAAAUCAGAAAAGAAUAUCUCAAGUUGGAAAUGCGUCUGAAAGAAAAUACACUGAAGACAUAUUACCAGAAACAAUAUCAUGAACAAAUUCAACUAAUGUGCUCUGAAGAAAGAGUAGAAAAGGCCACAUGCAAGCGGGAUCACAGGCUUGCAAUGCUCAGAACCCACCAUAUGCAUGUGCAGAAGAAGAAAGAAGAGGAGGUGAAUCAUUUUGAGGAAAAUACAAAUUGGCUGCAUCGUGUUGAAAAUGAAAUGCGCCUCCUGGGUCAAGAUGGGUGUAUUCCAAAGGAACUCUCUAAAGAUCUUCAGUGUUGUCAUUUAAACCUAGAAGUUAAAGACCUGAAAGCCCAGAUUGAGCACAUGUUGUCUCUGGUGUCUCUUCAAGAGCAGCAUCAUAAGCAGACAGAAAAAGUACUAAAUGCUUUGCUUCCAAUUCUUCGCAAACAAUACCUGACUUUGAAAGAAGCUGGAUUGACAAAUACUUCAAUAGAGGCUGAAUUUGCAGAAGUUGAGCAGCUGAUUCAAAGACAAAAGUCAGUAGUUUGGGCUGACCAAACUGGAGAUGAGGUACAAAAUCAAAGACAUCCAGAGACAUCAGUUAUUUUUGCAUUUCCACAACUUAUGAACAAUCCAAACACCCCAUGCCGUACACUUUUUGGCACACCAUCAGAAGAAAUUAAGAAAAAUACAAAACAAAUAGUAGAAUAUGCAGUCCCAUCACAGAAGAGAACUAGGAGAAAGCUAAUGGACUCUCCAGUCACAGCUCAAAGUCCUGCUGCUUCCAAGCUCUCCAACCUCCACCAUCUGGAGGAUUCGCUUAGCAAGGAGGUUCGCCCUAUUGUGUAUACACCAGAAUUUUGCAGAAAGCCACUACAGAGUUGCUGUACACAGACUGUAGUAAAGCAAGAUUUGCACACUGCAGGGCUUCAGGGAGCAAGUGAUUGUAACAUAGAUAUGCCACUGAGAAAGGACAGUCUUACGGACUCUAUAUGUAAUAUUAUCCCAGAGUGUGGUGAAGCUGACAUGGACUCUACAGUAAUUCUCUAUCAAGGCCCAAGUAAAACAAAUGAAGCUUCUACUGACUCAUCUGGAAGAGAGUCACAGCCAUGUAGCAGUAGCAUUUUGCAAAGACUUGGUUUCUCUUCCUUGAAAAACAAAAAUUCUACUUUGGUACAUGAAAGGCCUUCAUAUAUGGCAAUGACAUCUGCUGCUGAGAGAAAAAGAAAGAUAUUAAGUUCUUCAUCAAACACUGGAUUAAGUAACCUGCAAGAUCCUGUUUCUGCAAAACGUUUUCGACAGGAGAUCUUGUUAAGCCGUAGAGCUUUGCGAGUACCCAGAAUGGCAGGAUCUAAAACAAGGAACUGGAAGCAAGAACAGGAUAUGCCAAGAAACCUCAUUAGAAGCCUUUCAGAAGGAAAUGUAGUGGCGCAUGUUAAACCAAGGACUUCAAAGAAUCUUUUACUUCAUGUUUGUAAGAAGAAAAAUAGGAUUUAG